ACACUUCAGGAACGUCGACUAAGAAAUAAAGCAGCUUCAGCCAAGUAUCGGCAAAAAAAGAAUCAACAGCAAAACGAAAUGAGACUGAUGAUCAGUCGUUUAUCGGAACAAAAUGCUGUUCUAGAACGACAACUCCAAGAAGUUCGCUUGGAUAAUGAACGAUUGCGAGCUACUGCUGAUAGACUCAGAGGUAAAAUGGUGGCGAAGAGGAUGUUGAAG